AUGGUCUCAAACAAGACGACAAGCACACGCGGCGGCCAGCGUAGUAGUGAUAACAUGACACUGGCAACGGCAACCUCGUCGUUGUCGGCCAACACGAGACGGACAGCACCGCCGAAAGCAACACCGAAAGCGACAUCGAAAGCGACACCGACAGCACCACCGGCAUCAACAACAAUAUCAGCAACAUCAGCAUCGGCACGAUCCGCGGCAAGUGUGCCGCGCACUCAGUCAAAUACUCGGUGGGAGCAGAAAUGCUUGGUUGUUAUUUCGGGAUUCCCCUGCAUCGGCAAGUCCUCCUUAAAAGAACAGAUGAAGAAUGAUGGCAUGUGGUCUGAAAAAUAUCAAAUUUGUGACUUGGACUCGUCAAAUUUCAAAUCCAAGGACAGCAAGACCUUGGACUCGGACAAAUAUAUUGCCGAGAUCAAGAAGAAGGCGGGGAUCCAGGGCGCGAUUGUGCUCAUCAGCACCCACCAGGAGACUCGUCGAAAAUGUGCUGAAGCAGGUGUGAAAUACUCUCGGGUGUUCCCAGCGAAUAUUCCAGGAGCAAAGGAGGAAUGGCUGAAAAGAGAGGAGAAUCGAAAUGGGAAGGAAAGCAACCUAUGGAAGGCGAUGGAUAGUCACUGGAGGAAAUUGAUGGAGAUCGAUAAUGGCUCACAAGCUUUCACGGGGGAGGAUGAUUAUUCUCCCAAACACUCGCUCAACAAGGGCAAGUAUUUGAGCCACAUCAUCGGACAUGUCAUUGGGCGAUCGAAAGAAUUUGCGGCAGAGCGGUCAGGCGUGACAAUUGGCCAAGGCAGUCGCAGUAACUAG